AUGCGAUCUCUGUGGGUGCUGGUGCCAUUUAUGGAUUGUAUUCAAUUGGCAAGUUCUUGCGACGAACCAUACCGUCUCCUUGGAACCAUUCACGACGGAACUGCUUGGCGGCUCCAUCUGGGGUGGGUUGGCAUUCCAAGAGUCGGGAGCACUUACCUCCUGUCCGAAGGCAAAGGCAUCGCAAGACACAGCCAAGAGAACAGCUUCCUUUGGGUCGAGGACUCCACAUGGUGGAUCAACUCCGAGUCUCUUCAUAUUGGUCGUCUUGAUUCCGUAUCCAAUACGGCGAGCCGACGAGUUGAUCACCUUGAUGUGGUAGGUGUGCUUGUCGUCGUAUGGGGCAUUGAAGACGAUCUUGGCGUUUGGUUGGGUCUGGAUGUCUCCUGGUGGGACGGAUUGAGCCAUGGCGUUGGUGUUCAGGGGUUUUGA